AACCUUCUCGCCCAACUGAGGUGUUCGUCUUCCGUUUUAACAAGUCAAUAGAAAUACUAGGGAGGCUCUCCUAUAAAUACCAGUACGUAUGUGAGAGGGGCGUGCCCGCGCUCAUCCAGCGCUCCACAGUCUCCUCUCAGCGCACUUCUCUAGUGGACGGAAAGCCGGCCUCCUGUAUUCAAGCGAUCGAACCGGUUUCACUGUGGAGAGGGCUUCAGAUUAUUUUUGGGGCAGUACUACUAUGGAUGUCUCACGAGCAGCAGCGUUUUGCUUGAUUUUUGUCUUUUUCUGGGAUUUACCGGGUUUUCACUCAGCUGCUAUUUUAACUCCCUCGGUCCCGAGGAGAAACAAGGGAACGAGGGUCCUGUAUGAUGGACAGGAGUCACCCAAAUUCUUGAAAGAGAUCUUCGCAUCCUCCCAGAGUCAAAGCCAUCAGCAGGAUGAUUUUAAAGACGCCAUUAUUCCCCACGAUUACAUGCUCUCCAUUUACAGGACAUACUCCGCGGCUGAAAAACUGGGGCUAAACGCGAGUUUUUUCCGGUCGUCAAAGUCUGCCAACACCAUAACAAGUUUUGUGGACAGAGGAAAAGACGAUCUCUUGCACUCUCCUUUGCGAAGACAAAAGUAUCUGUUUGAUGUCUCGGCCCUUUCGGACAAAGAGGAGCUGGUGGGAGCUGAAUUAAGGAUAUUUAGAAAAGUACCAGGGGAUUUCCAAACGGCCCAGACAGGCCUCUAUGGCAUUCAAAUACUCUCCUGUCGAUCAGAGAGGCUACUGGAUUCCAGAUCUCUUGAUCUUCAGGAUGCUCAAAAGCCAGGAUGGGAGGUUUUGGAUGUGUGGGAAAUGUUUAAAAACCGCCAUCACUCCUCACAGGGGGGCCGGCUUUGUGUCCAGCUCAGGGCCACUCUUGGUAAAACAGAAACGGAAAUUGAUUUAAAACAUCUCGGAUUUGACAGGAAUGACCGCGCCCAGCAGGAGAAGGCGAUUUUGGUGGUUUUCACCAGGUCCAAGAAGAGGGAGAACCUCUUCAACGAAAUGAAAGAAAAAAUAAAAUCCCGCGGAUCGCGGACAAAAGAAGAGGACGACAGCCUUCAGUUCAAAGCCCGGCGGAGACGCAGGACGGCGCUGAACAGCCGCCACGGGAAAAGGCACGGGAAGAAGUCCAGGUCCAGAUGCAGCAAGAAGGCACUGCAUGUUAAUUUUAAAGACCUGGGGUGGGACGACUGGAUCAUCGCACCACUGGAUUACGAAGCGUAUCACUGCGAGGGCGUGUGCGACUUCCCGCUGCGAUCGCACCUGGAGCCGACCAACCACGCCAUCAUCCAAACCCUGAUGAACUCCAUGGACCCCGGCAGCACGCCGCCAAGCUGCUGCGUGCCAACCAAGCUCAGCCCCAUCAGCAUCCUCUAUAUAGACUCUGGCAACAACGUCGUAUACAAACAAUACGAGGACAUGGUGGUGGAACAGUGUGGCUGCAGGUAG